GGAAUUAACUGCAAUACUUACUACGAGCCUAGAACCAAAAGUUUCUAGAAAAGAAAUCGCAUGACAACUCAGUGCUUUGUGCACGGGUUCUGCUUCCCGCUGCUGUGAUAAACAAAGCAUAUGCUAUUGUAUUAUAUUAUAAACUGCUAUUCUUGUGGUUCUGUAUGUGGUUUCGGUUCAUGAACAAACUUCAUCGUUUUUUAAGUUAACUGCAAAUGUAGAAUGUUAGAUUUAUAGGUAUUAUUGUUGCCAGUAAACUGUAACCGGUUAAGUAAAGUACUUAGCACCAGCAAGCAUAGCCAGCAGAAUGGCGGAAAAACCUGAAACUUCUCCAUUACUUAGAGACCGUCGUUACGACCGAGCAUAUUACCGAAAUGGUCCAGAUGAUGAGCAAACAGUAACGCUCCAGUCAGGUGUUUUGGAAAACUCGAAUAAACCAGAGCGUCGACGUGAAAGAACGAUUUCUUCUCUUGCACCGAUUCCACCUUCUUGCUACAAUAUCAACACCUUUACUAUAUUUCUCGUCUGCUUCCAACUGCUCAAUUUACUUACACUUACCUACACCGACAGCGUGAUAAACUACAUAACCAAGCGUUUUAAAAUCCCACAUACGUUGGCCGCCUUUAUUCCAAGCAGUUACGAGUUCGGUUCAAUGUUAAUCAUGAUUCCCGUUGCCUACGUUGGAGAUAGAUGGAACAGACCCAAAGUAAUCGCUAUUGGUGUAAUCGUAAUGAUCAUUGGUCUUGGUUUUUGUAUUCUUCCACAUUUCAUUCUUCCUGCACCUGCUUCUCACAACUCAACCGUGACGUACUUGUGCCAGCCGCAGAUCGUCGCUAAUACUAAAAAGCCAAUCACUUUACCACACCAUUCCACAUGCACUAAAAAGCACUCAACGAUAUACAACCCAUCCCUACUUCUAAUGAUAGGGCACGUCUUCGUCGGUCUUGGCUCGGCACCGAUUGGACCACUCGGUCUGUCCUUUAUUGACGAUCACGUGCUACAGAGCAAAGCACCAAUAUAUCUUGGCAUCUAUGUUGGAACAUCUUUGUUGGGUCCAGUGUUAGGAUUCUUACUCGGGAGUGUAACUUCAAAAGUGUACGUGACAACCUCUAAGUUUGGAAAUGAAAUUAACUCCGGUAAUCCAGAUUGGAUAGGAGCUUGGUGGCUCGGUUACGUCAUUAUAAUUUGUCUCAUGCUGUUCUUGCUCUUUCCUUUCUAUUUCUACCCACGGUAUCUUCCAGUUUCGGAGGAAAAGGAAGAAGAAAUUAUGGCGAUCAGAAAAGAAAGUCUAAGAAGACAUGGUGCUGAUGCGCAAACGUCUACAGAAAACAGCACAUUUCCGUGCACCGAAGAGAACAGCAGCGCUUCAAUCUCGAGCAAAAGUACGAUCUUUGGAAAACUCGUUUCUGCCAUUAAAGACCUAAUAUGCGCUAUCCAGAGAACGCUUGUAACGCCUUUUGUGUUUUCUGCCAUACUCGCAUACAUUGCAAUGGCGAAUCUUUUGGGAGGAAUGUCGACAUUUGGCCCAACUUAUGUGCAACGGAUGUUUAAUGUACAGAGAACAACUGCGGAUUUACUAAUCGGCGGUGUUUGCAUUCCCAUGGGGGUAAUGGCCACCAUAUUAAGCGGUUACGUAAUCAAGAAAUACAAUUUCGAUUUGCGAAAGACACUUCUGUUGAUCAUCGUUUUCUCUGGGGCAGCUUGCAUUUUCUUUGCAACUCUCUUUCUUUUCGGUUGUAAAGAUUUGACCGUAGUUGGCAUAAACAAGCCAUUUCACCAGACCAACGUAUCCUUGUGCAGUUCUCAGUGUGGUUGUCCCAAGGAUCAAUUUAAAGUAGUUUGUGGUUCCAACAAGUUGAAUUACAUCUCACCGUGUUCGGCCGGGUGUGCGGCAAGCCAUCUAGCACCGAAAAGCAGCAACCUGCUUCAGCAGAAAACGAUUUACACGAAUUGCAGUUGUAUACCUGGCAAGUCAAACACCGCUGUCAGUGGUACGUGCACAACUACACAAUGUGUAGGAGUACUUGCUGGAUUUCUGGUGUGCGGUUCUAUUUCAGUGGCAUGUUAUUGCUUCUGCCAAGCUCCUGUAUACGUUAUGCUGCUACGAGUGUUGGAAACGCAAGAUAAAGCGCUUGGUAUUGGACUUCUUGCUUUUGCAUCACGGUUACUUGGCUACAUUCCAGGACCGAUUUGGUUUGGUAUUCUGGUAGAUCGAAGUUGCAAGUACCAUGAGAACAAGUGUGGCUCAAAAGCGUUGUGUCGACUUUACAAUAAGUAUGGACUCCGCCUAAGUUUCAUAGGACUUAGUCUAGCUUGUGGAAUGACGUACAUGCUGGUUUUUGUUGCCACAUUUGCUUGGAUGGAAUGUCACAAGAACAUAUACAAAACCGCAGUAAUUUACCAUGGAAAGUCAGAGGACUUGUUGCUUGGUAAAACAGAAGAAAAUGAAAGCUGA